AUGGAGGAAGAAGAUAAAGGUGGAACAUGGAAGCCAGUGGAAAAGGCAUCUCUUCUUCCUGCCACAAAACCACGCCCUGCACCUCGCAAACGGUCACAUCAACCUAAACCAGACAUUACUAUAGAGAAUGGAAAACCUGAAAAUAUUCCACCAAAGCCUGCUGUUCACCCAAAACCACGGAGACCACCACCUAAAGCUCCAAAUUUGAAGACACCUGAAACUGUGGGAAAAGGUGUUAUAUUAAUAAAUAAUAACAAUUUGUCAGCUGAUAAGGAACCUCUAGCAAAGCAAGGAUUUAUAGUUAAUAAAGCAAUAAAAAAUAAUGAAAUGCGUGUACCGAAGAUUGAAUCAUCAGUAAAAAGUGCAACUGAAUGUAAUGAUACUAGUAAUGGAACUGUUAAUGAUUCUGCGGAUGAUCAGCAGUGGUAUGAACCAUUGCGACCAACAGUGAGUGAUUCGUCUUCAAGCUCUGAUGAAGGAUAUGAAGCUAUCUCUGUUCCAAGGUCAGUAAAUAAAUUUAUUUGUGGAAAACAUGAAAUGAUGGUUACAUGAAGAACUAUCAUUCUUCACUGUCAGCAUGCCUGCAAAGUUGAAAAAUACACAAGAAUUAUUUAAUGCAGGCAUGCCAACACUAAUAAUAAUAAUAAUAAUGUAAUAAUAAUUCCGUUAUUUACCCUUGGCAGUACUUACAGCACUGUAUGCUAGUUGGGCCGAGCAAAAGCCUGAAACAAACAAUUCAAAUUGAAGUUAAGAGGGUUAGGAAUCCCAACUGGCCAGAGGCAAACCAGCUGGCUAUUCACAAGCAUGGCCAAGGAUUCAAACUUGGGAUUAUUGGAACAAAUCCAGCUCGCGGUCAGAGUGGGACAUGAACUCGGGGCUUCCGAUUUGCAAGUCCAGCGCUCUGUCCACUCAGCCACCCUGCCUCCAGUCGCUGCCUCCAGCAGUAAGAGGUUUUGUCCAUUAAGGAGUUAUUCUAAAGUUUUGCGAAGUAUAUGCAACAACACUUCUGAGUUUCCUGUUGCCCAAAAAAUAAUUUCAACUCCAGAGGCCACAGCACAUGUAUGUGUGAUGUCCAGUUGCGUGGUGUGGCUCUACGCAGUGGAACCAAAAUUCCAGCUAUAUUAUACAGCAAAAACACACGACUGAGAGCCGCAAAAUUAUUUGAUUUCCAUUCUGUUCUAAUGGUGAAGAUAUGGUGUAACGGUAAUAAUAAUACCAAUUAAACUCAUCACCAAUAGAUGAGCUUGGGCGCUGGUGCCUACAAAGUUGUUGGAGCCGGGCAAUGCUCUAGCAUGAGGAGGAGGUAUCCAUGGCAUCUCUCACCAGGCACCAUCACACUGAACAAUUCAGUGGAAUACUUACGACCAAUACUUACCUGGCCCUUACCUCAAAAGGGAGGGAGGGAUGGGAAAAAACCAAAGCACAAAAGGCACACAAACAGCAAGCUAUUGCAACAACACUUUGCGAAGAACUGCAAGCAAGCAACUGCACAUCUGAGUCAUGAGGUGCCCCUACUAGAGGCAUCGGGCCACCGCUAGUAUAGCUGGAGAAACUGCUGACCAGCAUUGCUUCGAGGUUAUCUUUGCCUAAAUUACAUUUAGCCACAUUGAUAAACUACAUGUGUAUGUGUGAUCAGAUGGUGACAAAUGAAUGUAGAGAUACUUUUUUCUGCAUUUUGUCCAAAUUCUAAUAAUUUUUUAUAAUAAAUAUUUGCGCCAAAAUAAAGGAGUAAUUUGUCACCUAUUAUAUUAAUAUUGUAACAUUAUUCCAAUUUUUUAAUUUUUCAGAGCCAGCAAAAUUACACCACCAUCUCAGCGUAAAGCAAGUGGAGUUGCUGGAAAUUCAAAUCAGGUUUCCCUCUCCUCCAAAGAAGGUGGUACAGAGCCUCAUAAAGCAAUCACCACAACAGGCAAAGCUUCUCCUCCUACAUCUCAUAAAAUAAGUGGGACAGGGCCCAAGUUUUCCCCUCCCGUCCCCCGCAAAGUUAUCAGUCAAGGGAGCAAAUUUUCCCCUCCUACUCCCCGUAAACCAAUUGGUGUAGCAAGCAAGACCUCCCCUCCUGUCAUACGAAAAAUUAGUGGCUUUAAAGUUGAAACAACUCCACCAUCUUUUCGUAAAGCAAGUGAAACAAGACAGCCUGAGGCUGUUAAAGAUCUGAGCCCUAGCACAUCUCCAAGAACUCUUGAUCCAAGUACUGCUAGUAACAAAUCAAAACCGUUACCUCCGAAGAAACCUCUUCCGUCACUACCAAAAGACUUAGCGUCUGCAGGACAAACUACAACCACGGAAGCAAAUAAACCUCCUGUGCCCCAAAAGCCACCUCCGGACUUAAGUUUAUCUUCCAAGGGUGAAUCAUCUGUUGCUGCUCUAGCACAAAAACUAUCAACCAUACCUGUAUUUCCUUUCCGCGAUAAUGGUUCAUCACCGCGACCUUCUCCUCAUCCUUCACCAAGGCCAUCACGUAGUCAAGCUUCAAAUUCACCUGGAGAUAAAUCCAAUUCCAAGCCUGCUUUAGGUUCAGUGAAACCAGCAGAACCUUCUAAACCUAAACUUCUUCCUAAGCCUGGAGGUUUGCCAGUAAAACCUCAAGCUGGUGAGUAAAGAUGAAACUUUUGGCAGUGCUUAAGGUGUUGAAGUAAACCAAUCAAUGUAAAAAGAUCCAUUAGCUGACAUUUUGAGCUCUAGAGUUUUAUUGGAAGCAGUCAACCUGAUGAAGGGUUACUGCUUAGGCCCUCAGAGGUCACAAACAUUAGUCCCUCGUUAGAGCAAUUACUUUGCUUUGACAAAACUGAGAAAAUAAAUAAAAAGUCAACUUUAGAAUGGCUUUAUGGUAGCAAAUUAAACAUCAUCAACCCAGUUGAUUUUCUCUCUCACUAACACAGGAUCCCUUGAAUGUUCAUUUAAACUUAUUGUAAAGAUGGUUAACAACCUUAUAAGUGUUUUCAGCAGAACCGAGCCGAGUAUACAUGUACAUGUACUUUCAUAGGUUAGUGCUGUAUUGAUAGCACUUCAUUAGUUACUUUAUUGCUUUCAUAACAUUGUGUGCUUUUUUACAUGAUCGUAUCGUACUUUUAUAUGACACUUCCUUGUGAAAUCCUCAACAGGGAAUGAAGUGCAAAAGCAGCUGCCGGGAAGACCCAGUGCUCCUUCAGCAGAAGUGGUUACUAGGACGAGGUCUAAAACAGUCGAAAGUCUUGAAGAUAAUGACAGCGACACCCCAUCAGAGACAUCUGGUGAGUAUGGAAAGAUACUUUAGAGUUGUAAGAUCUUUAAGAAUAAUUGAUCAAAUAAAGUUUUAGUACACAAAAUGAAAGCCCUCAAGUCAUUAAAGGGGCUACAGCUGUAUGUCAAAAGAAUAAUAAUUAUUGCUGUUUUAGGUGAAUUCUGUACUGAGGCCAUUAAUGGUACUGACAUGUAGUACCUGUACCCAUACACAAAAUGCUCUGAGCUAGAGUUUAUAUGAAGAAGAUAAUCAUCCAAAUUCCAUCAGGUAGCAGUACAAGUUACUUUAACAAUUUUUUAUGCUGAUUUUUGCAGGCAUAGCAUAAAAACUUGUAAAACUUGGCCUGGUUAUUUCAAUCCAUGUCAAUCCUUGCCAUCUGUAGCAGAAGAUGACAGAAAGCAUUUUCAGUACAUUUAAAUAUUAUUAGUCGUACAUACAUGGACCAUUAUUUUUUGGAAUUCAAUGGAUGAGAGAAGACUUAUUUUAGCUUUUUGAAAAGAUAGCAAAUACAGUUGGUGUAUUUGCUAUCAUUAUUUUUUAAAAGCUAACACAGUUACGUAGCUUCUUCCUCUAACUAUCCUGAUUCUUGCGUGUCAUUUACAGUUGUAGGGACUGAGACUCAAAAGAAAAGGUUGGCACCGCAAAGAAAAACUGUUCAUCCUGUCGUUAAUCGUUCCUCAAGUAAUGGAGUGCAAGCUAGCAGGAGACCACCACCCUUACCCCCAGGGGCUACCCCUGUUACUGAGAAAGCAACAGUGUUAAAAGGUCCACCUUUACCACCUGUGCCACGCCCAAGACCCGUCUCUGCUUAUGAUCAUACACAAGGGGGCGGUGUUAAACUUUCUGUCAGCAAGUCUGUUUCAAUGAGUGCAAUAUCAAAUGUUUCCUUAGCUGAAGGUAAUGGCACAAUACUGGUUGUAUUACAAAGUUAAAGUCAAUAAUACUUUUUACAAUAACUUAGCAAAUCCUUGCAUGCUGAUCGGUCGAGAGCUAUGGUCUAUGAGAGUAUAGACCGUGGAAAUAACGUAACAUGUCACACGUGAUUUUCCGAGAAAGUUCGCAGGAAACUAAAAAUAAAUGUUAUUUUAAAAAACACAUCGACCACAAUUUUCCAUGGUCGACACUCUUAUAGACCAUAGAAAUGAUGCCAUAAAAUGUUCAAGACUUUGUAGUGAAACUACUCGCCUGCGGCUUGUGGUUUCACUUGAGUUUUGAACAUUUUAUGAUGUCAUUUCUAUGGUCUCUAGGAGUGUAGACCAUGGAAAAUUGUGAUCGAUUUGUUAAGUACAUGUAGUUUCUCACUGUUGAAUCAUUCUUGGUUCAAUAACAGAUUUUCAUGAUUUAACUGACUCCAUAUAGCCCUUCCAAAUCAGCAGUUUAAUAUUAUUGUGCUGGAAAUAUGCCUCGCUUGUUAGGCUACACAUACAGCUGUAAUCACAUUAAUUUUCUGUUAUUUUGUGUGUGCACUGAUCCUGGUGACAUUUUGAGACAACGUGCAUACAUUAUAUUAUGUUGUAUAUGUACAUGUACUUGUUUUUUUGUGCUUAAUCCGCUCCACUAGUAUACAAUUAAUAAAGGUAUAUACAGUUGUAUAAUAAUUUAGAAGGUCAUACAUGUACAUUACAGUAGAGUGAUACAGAAGCAUGAAAAAGAAACAUAUAUGUAGGAGAAAAAAAUACAGAAGACAAAAUAUGAACGAAGAAAGGCAAUUGUAAAACAUUGUAUAGUGAAACUAACAAUUAUGGCCCAUUAGCGCUGACUUGACUAUGCUCUCAUACACUCUUUCCUUUUGCCCAGACCAAUCUCAAUACUCAUAUGCAUAUGAACAUGCAUUUAUUGGUACAAGUCCACCCAUGAGUGCAUCAUCAGCCCACAGUCCCGCCCGAGCUCCUACAGAUGAGGCAGGUGGUACUUAUGAAACACCUGAUGAAAAUGUUGUCAAUGAGUUUAUGGAAGACAUUCAAGAAAAGAGAGCAGCUGCUGGUGCGUACGAGACAGCAGAUGAACAGGCAGUGGCUGGGUUUGUGAGCAGCUUGAAGAGAAAACACACCUUGAAUGGACUCCAGUGUGGUAAGCACUAUAGCUUACAUUUUCACUGCUGUACUAGUGGUUGUUUUAUUGGGACAGAUCCAGAUAUUAGACACUAUUAUUUUGUUUACUGUUUAAAGAACUGUGAAAGCAUCUGUGUCAAAAGUAAGGCUCUAGAAGACAUACUUUAUUUUCUUAUGUUUUUGAAUACUUAGACAGGUUUGGAGAUUGAAAUAUUCCUUACAAGUCAUCUAAGUUUUAAAAUGAUCAGUUUUGCACACUGCAGAGAACUUAGUCACAAUACCAAACAACCUUAGCUUAAGCACAUAAUUCUACAGAAAAGAUAAUAAUUAUGUAGUGGGGCAUAAUUGACAGAAUUAUUUUUAUCAUGUGGCUGUGUCCAUAAUAUUAAAAAAAGAGGGCAUGAUCAGUGAAGCAAAUCCUGUGGUCUGAUUAGCUGCUUGAGUCUUCAGUGUUCUCCCCUUAUCAGGUGUUAACUGGUAAUAUUUACCGCUUGAAGCAACCCUUCUUACUGCCUCCAGCCACUUGGAGGUUUACUAAAACAAAAAAAUGUAGAUUUUAAAAAAGGAAGUUACAUGUACAUUAUUGUAUGAUCUGAUCUGAUUCUCACAAAGAAAAUGAAUAAAUCUAUAUGGAAAAGUACUAAAGUAUAUGUUGUAGUUCAUUUUUUAUCUCAGGUAAUUUUUGUUUUUCUUUUGUUUUUGGGUAUGAUAAUGUAUGCUAAUGAAGUUGAAACAAAGGAAAAAUAAAAAUUACCUGAGAUAAAAAAUUAACUACAACAUAUACACAGCAUUUCAUUUUAUGGGCUGCUCAUUUUGGAAGUGUUAUUAAAUAUGAAAUGUUUUAAAUUGUUGUCUUAAGAUAACAAAGGCCCAUUUGUGUAAAAUAGGUCUUCAAAUGAGGGAGUGAAGUUUCAGAGAAUUUACAUGUAGCUCCUAAAUUUCCCAUCGGGGGCAGGGCCAUGUCCCUCACUCCACUAACCCCCUUCCCCCAGGGAAAGUGCACCUCUGGCACAUAUCUUUUGCCUUACUGGUCAUGAAUGGUCCCUUACCUGCUGAGCUAAAAUUUAGGGAGAACACCGGUCUUGCCCUCUUGGGACUGCCCAGUUUGUGCCUUGAGAAGAGAUUUUGUUUUGGUGGUAUAAUAAAUCCUUUAUUAACCAAGCUUGCUCUGUCAAUAUGGAUGAAUGUUUGCCUUUUUACAUUUGACUUCAUCUUACCCCAGAAAAGUGGGAAAACAGAACUUGGCUAUUAUCCAGCCCUCUUGCUUGUUUCAUGCUUUUUCAGUGGAUACCUAUUACACCCAAGUGACAUAUUUUCAUUUUUAUUGCACAAGAUAACAUACAAACAAAAUAUAGUUGUUAAAAAUAGGUAAGCAAACAGGGCUGAAAUAGUUAAGUGCAAACUUGUUUCAGUAGCUGUUAAUUUGUGUUUUGUUGUUGUUUUAAAAACAGACCUGAGCACAGAUGAAUCUGACUUUUCUGACAGUGAUCAUGAUUACAUAGAACCACCAACUGAAGAAAAAGAUGAAGAGGAUGGUGAUGACCACAAUGAUGGUAAUUCACAGUAACAUCCUUCCUACAAAUUAUCAUUCAGUUAAGGAUUAAACAGUGCAUAAACAACACAGCAGUAUCUCUGUUACAUACGUCAACUAUCUGUAAGACAAACAUAGGCAGUCUUAGUAGUGUUUAUCUUUUGCACAUGUAGGUCAUAGGAGUAUGUUAUAUGACACCUGUACGUGACACAAAUAGUGAGCCUGGGUUACCUGUGGUCUUAGAAGAAAGUUGACUAUAAUUUAUACUGUUCAGUAUUAUCAAAACUGACCUUUACUCCAGAUGAGCACUGAUAAGCCUUUUCAGCCAGGUGAUGCUGUUUGUGUGCGUUAUGAAGACAUUUAUUUUUUAUGUUAUUUUUCAGCAUCAUCAGAACAUUCCUUCUCGUCAGAUUCCUCUCAUGAUUACUGUGUUCCUCCAGAGAGCAUCUCUCCUCCUGAACCCCCAAACAAUUAUGGGGAUGUUUAUGAUGAGGUGGAUGAUCUUUAUGCAGAGGUGAGCAGUGUGGAAAAUUAUUUUCUUGUAAGUGUAUUGGGUUCCAGUUACAUGGGUAGGUAGAGUUUUUUGGGAAUUUACAGUAAGACAAAAUGUUUCAAAUUCUUGCUAAAUUCACAUGGACGUACAUCUAAAGCUGAUUUUCAAGCUGUUCUGACAAAGUGAAACUACAGUGUAAUUACACUGGAAACCAAUUGCACUUUCCAGUGGAUAGAGAUUUAUCCAGUUGAUAGCGCUAUAUCCACCCUUUGAACAACGGAGGUGAGUACUUUAACUUCAUCGUGGUCCAAACAUAAAACAAACUUGUCUUGACCUUACGCGUACAGCUCAAUGACACAUAUAUACUGCCACCCCUUGCUCCCUGUCAUGAUGUGACUACCUUAAGUUUUACAUUGAACAUCUUUUGAAUUUAAGUAUAAUUUCAGCUUCUUUACCACCGUAAAAUGGUUAUUAUAACAGGGUAUUUAAUUUUUUACUCUUUCAUAUUUCACAGCCUAUCCACAAGUCAGAUGGAGAGGGAUUUUCUUCAGGUAAAGACAUUUUGUUAACAAUGGUUAUGUAAAAGGUUUUUAAAAAAUGGUUUAAAGGCUUGUUUAUUGUGGAAAGUGCACUUAGCUUAUCCAGCUGGUUUACAGGCACUGCACUCAAAUACUUAGAAACAAAUAAUAAUUCACAUACAGCAUAACAGGAUCAAAAACCCCAACUGGCAGGAGGCAGCCACUUGGCUAUUUACAUGUACAAGAGUGGGCGAAGAUUUGAACUCAANAAAGCACACUCUAGAAUCUGAUUUUCGGUCCAACGCACGGUUUACGAAUUUUCACGUUAAAAAAAUGCUGUCUAACCUUACAUAUUUGAUCUUAGCGUAAAAAUGGGUUUCCCGAAGUCUUAACAGUUAGUCUAUAAGGAAGGUUUAACUUAUGAGCAUUCCAAAAAUUAUUAUUUCUUUUCUUAACAACAACAGAAAGUCAAUGAAAAGCAAUCUUUUAAAUUGACGUUCGCGCUGCACAGAGAUCGUAUGUAGACAGAACAUCUUUCUGAAAACGCCCUUAACUUUGUUGUUUUGCCAUUAUGUUCAGUAAUUUUUAAUACAGUUAGUACUCAUAAGUCACUGACCUCUUCGGAGAAAUUUUUCCAAAGUACCAUUAACAGAAACAGAGAAAUCCCACAAUAUGCGUGGUUAGACUGUAAAUGUUACGCGAGCUGUUAAAAAAUGGUCCCAUUUUGAGCCAUACUUUUCAUAUUUCAAUUUUAUUUUGGUCUUACAGCCAGAAAAAAAAUAUUGAAUGAAAAGCUGUUUAUAAACUUUAACUUCUUGCCAAAUAUCGAUGCGAUCUGAGUUUUAAUAAGUUCAUAAGAGCCAAACGAUGUGAGAUUCUUAGCCGUGUACACCAGUAGCGUGCGCCAGGCCUUAGAGCAUCAUAACAACUAGUACUGUAUGUACUUGCUUUGCGGCAACAUGGGCUAAAUUUAAGGGCUUGUAAAACCAUUUCUUUUACGUCAAAAGAUCUCAUAUUUUGGAUCUGUACAUUGAAUUAUGAUAAAGUUUAUAGCUACAAUUUACACAAAAACAGUUUUCGUACCUUGCACUAUAGGUGCGAUUUGUUUGCAUUUUUUUCAGGUCAGCAAAGGCAAGCAGAAAGUAAGCAAUGAGCGCGACACACACAUGAUGGGCCCACUGGGCAUGUCUCUCUCUCUCUGUGCCUACCUUGAGUUUGCCUUUGCUCACCUGAAAAAUAAAAGAGCUCCUCUUCUGCAGGCUACAGUUAUCGUUUCAAGGGCACUUUAACCGUUAUGUGUUUAUGUUUGUUUGUAGAUGAAGAAAGAGACACUUUUGCAGAAGGUUAGUUUUCUUGGCAAAUUAGUCUUUCCUGGCCUUCCAGGAUUUAAAUUUGUGCAACAUUUAAUUGACUAAGGUGACAUCAUCCAGAGCUCUUUCGGUCUCCAUUUUAUGUUGGAAAAAAAAACAAGGCCAAAAAGUGUGCCUGAAUCUUAUCAUUUGUGUGAUGGAGGAAAUGCAAUGUAUACAGCAAAAAGUGCCUUGUUUCUCUGUUGUACUGUCUAUUCUGACUCAACAUAAAGGUUUCAUUUCAGUUCUUUAAAAACAAGUAAAAAAACCUUUGAGAGGUUCCUUGAAUGAAUACAGCAAAUUUUAAGUGAAAAUAUAAACUGGCCUAGAAUUUUACAUCCAUGAUCGGUUGGUUAUACGCAAGGCAUAGGGGUAAGUGGGAAGUUUUCUGUAAUCUUUUAGUGGUCCAAAAAUUAUACAAUAUUUCAAGUUUCAGAAUAGCGAAUAUAUCUAUGAAGUAAAUGAGCAGCGCAGUUUGAGUUAACAUGUCCCUUACAGUCUUUUUUUGUACAUGUAGCCAUUGCAAACCUUUGCUUUUUCUUUCACUUGUUUUAACAGAGCCCUUGUACCAGGUCUAUACCCGGUGUACACUGCAGCGUCAGCGAAGCAUUAGUCGACAGCGCAUGGGCAGUGACAGCAGUGAUAAGUCACUAACGGAUGAUGAAGCCUUCUUGGAACAGCUAGAAAAAGGAACGCUGAGAAACAUGAGAGUGCUUUGGUGUGAAUUACCAGAGGUUUGUUGAUAAUCAUAUAGAUAUAAUAAUUUUCUCUUAAAAUUGAAAGGAAAUGUUAAGUAAAUUUAUUUUAACAAUAGUGGCGAUAAACUUUGAGUGAGAGAGUUCAUGUUACCUUGGAUCAAUACAGCAAGAUAAUAAAAUGGUAAAUAUUCAGUGGAAUACUUGAUACCUCAACUUUGGAUAAAGAGUUAGCUUACGUCAAUCAGUGCUUUCAUAAAGGCUGUAACAACGCAAGAUUUAGAUGUCUUUGUAACCCUCAACUUUAAAAAUCUUGCUCAUCUGUUUAUAACCUUUUUUAGCAAUCAAUUUUAAAUAACGUUUUAACAGUUUUAUUUUUCCACAUUUUGAAAUUUUUAAUGAAAUUUAAAAUUCAUUUUUCUCUAAACGUAUCUAAUUUUCUAGGAAGUACACAUAAAUACUUUUUUCGAGUUUAAGUUAGUGCUCUUGCUUAGUAGGAAACCGUUAUCCAUCUAUCUACAUAGUAACAAUCUUUUGCAUAGAGGAUACGUAAGGGUAUCUUUAAGUAGAAUGAGCGAUUCGAAGGUCUUUCAUGAUAUGCUCCUCUUCCGCAGGUCCAAGAAAGUGGCAUUUUAGACAACAUAAAACGAGAGGAACGCAAAAGACAAGAGGUCAGUAAUAUAAUUAUAUACAUGAAAUCAUUUUCUUGUCUAUGAAUCAAACGUUCAUUUAAAGCAAGUGUUCACGGUUUCGUGGUAUAAAAGUGUAACAGUAUAAACUUUGCGAACUGGAGAAAGACUACAAAAUAUUGAAGAUUUUGUAAUUGACUGUCUUGUAGAGCACCUACAUAUCCGUUUUGAGGUAUUUUUCACUGCACAAAGCACUUUUCAAGUGUUCGUUAAUGGUUUCAACAGUGUCUGUUGUCCGUCUUUGAGAUGUGUCCGUCUUAUAGUAAAGAAAACACUCAACUGGACCUGAGGUCUAACACUUGUGGGAUGCAGCUACUGUUCCAUCAGCUAUAAGUUUACUUAGCCACGCAUGUGCAGUACGUAUACCUACAAGACGAAUGGUGGGACUCCCGAUCAGAGCACUUAAAAUAGAAAAUUUGCUUUACUCUGCCUUUCAAUGACAUGCAACACAUGGUUAACUUCAUAACAUUCUUGCUUCUAUUUUUAAUGACAACAAAUAUCAACCAAAAGAAAUGAUUUUUAUUCUCAUUUGCAUGAGAAUAAAAAGCCUCGCUUUGAAACAGAGGUUUGGGGCAGGGUCACUAUAGGACAUAGGGUCACUACUUCUUGAGAUAUACGCGUUGGUACUGAAUCGUGGAAGUGAGAACUAUCAUUUGAACUAUAAGGUCGCACAGUAGUAAAGAGAGUGCUUUAACUGUGUUGAUUGCAGGCGAUGUUUGAGGUGAUUACGUCAGAGGCAAGUUAUCUCAGAAGUCUAAAUAUUCUGAUGUCACAGUUCAUCAAAUCAGAAGAGUUAAACGCAGGUUCCUCGCUGUGUGUUUUAGAACGAGGCCAGUCACAUGUGCUGUUUUCUAAUAUCAACUCCAUCAAGUCUGUCAGUGAGAAGUAAGUUAAUACAGCCUCUCUGUAAUAACAGUUUUAUUAAACAAGUAAAGGGUUGAUGAUUCUUAGACAUAUGUUUAACCCUUUAAGCCCUAAUAUCAACAUACCAAUUUUCCACACUGAUCUCCGUACAUUUCUUAAAGAUUCAAUUGAGAGAAUUUGAUAAACGAUCAAAGCAUUUUCUCAUUGGUGAUCACUGUCGAGACUUCCGGAUAGUUCUUGUGUCUACACGAAAACCAUACCAGAUAGAACUUCUGUUCACACUCAAGAACAGUGAUUUCGGCGCCGUUUCUGUGAGACUAACGGCGAACUCAUAAGUGAAGCGUCACAUAUCGGAUAGGUUCUGUGCCACACUUUGGUGCGGUGUUACGGGUUUUCGGACUGUGGGGGAGGUAAAUAUGAAAUUAAUUUUUAUAAACUUCACCGGCCAAUUUGGUCACCAAGGUGAUUAAAUGAAGAAUUGCUGCCAUUUUCAUAAUCAGUUUAUUUUCGUUUUGUUGUUUGUUAAUUUUUGUUUGUGUUGUUUUUUUGUUUGUUUGUCGGCGUUGCCAUUUUAAAAUGGGCUUGUUUUUUUCUAUGUAUUAAAGCCAAGGUAUUUACCUAAACGAAUGUUUCACUUUAUGGUUAGAAUGUUUGUUACUGAUCACUUGUUCAUUACCUUGUAGCUUUCUCCAGGCCUUGCGUGCACGCCAAAAGGAAGCUUUGGUUAUAUCAUCUAUCAGUGACAUUAUUGAACAGCACGUAAGUUAAACACUUUCUAUAUCGUCUUUGUUAGACUAAAAUACAGUUAAAACCCGCGACUAAGAACCUUGUUUUUAAGAACCUGUUUAGCCUAAAAUUUGAAACAGGUUCUUAUUUCCGUUCUAAAAAUAUCUAUAAAAGAAAUUCUAUACACUUGGGCAAAUGAGAAAAGUCAACAUUGAGGAUCCUCUUUGGAGACAUAAGUGCCUUAAUUACUCCAACUCCAACUGCAACUGUAUACAAAUUUUAAAAUACGUAAAGAAUGAACUGAAUUCCUCCAAAUAUUCUUAGCUACAAUGUAUAUUUUUCUUCGGAAAAUAAGAACCUCUUUAAGAACCUAAAUAGCCUAAAUUUGUGCUUAUAACCAUUUAUGUAAGAACCUGUUUAGGCUAACUUGGAAAAAUGCAGGUUCCUAGUCGCGGGUUUUUACUGUAUUUACUUUCCUCAGCUCUGCAAUCAGAUCUGUUUUUCUUACACAUUAUACCUGUUUAAACUUAGCAAAGAAUGCCCAGUUUUUUGCUCUCCGAGAGAGAGAAAUCAGUUGUAAAAACUCAUGUGCUGUUCUUAGCCAACUGUCUCUCGUCAUGAAUUUGUAUCCCAUAACAGGCUACCCAGUACUUUGAGGUUUACGUCAAAUACUGUUCCAAUCAGAUCUAUCAGGAUAGAACAUUAAGAAAUCUAAGGUAAGCUAAAAAAACAGAUAGCGUUUGUAUUUUUUUAGUCAGUAGUCUCGCCUUGCUAGGAGAGCCUUGCUUUCACUUGCUCGAUUUUGCCGUACUUGAGUGAGACUGCAUCAGGGUCGUACAUGUCAUUGGAAAACCUGGAACUGCGUCAUGGAAUCUAAGAAUUGCAUUUUCUAGGCCUGAAAGUCAUGGUAUUUAAUUGUCGGUCCUUGAAAGUCAUGGAAAAUUGAAGUUUUGUUUGGUAGAUUCGUUAAUGCCGAUAACAAAUCAAGGACAAUGUAAGAUAGAGCGAAGUGACUGAACAGCGCAAACGGCACUCAUUUAGGUGGACACCAGAGUUUGUGUCUGUUGAAUUGUUUAAGGUCAGAAAUACUCUAAAACACAAAAGCUUUAAAAAUAAGUGACAGCUAAAGCUAAGGUCAUGGAAAAAGUCCUGGAAUCUGAGGAGCUCAAAAAACGAACCCGAACCCUGCCGCAUGAAUAGAGUAAAAUCUUUGUUGAGCAUGCGCUGCUUGUUGCUAGGAUACAGCUUCAAACCCAGGCCUAAUAUCCGUUCACUUGGUACAGCGGGCUCAGUCAUGACCACCCGCUUAACAAUAAACGGAUGUUCGCAGUCAAAGACCGGUUUGACGAAAAAACAAGAUUUACUCGUCCAGAAAUUCAGGUUUCGGUGACUUCAAAGGCUUUACGCGAUUCAGGCAGAGCCUUUUUUUCUCCUCCUCACUCAAUAAGGCAAGAAGAAGCUCUACUUACAGGGUGAACCAAUCUAAAAACAACUAGUGCAAACAAGAACAACAAAUAUUAAACAGCUGUUAUUGUAAGAAGCAGCGCAGUGGCUGAUUCAGUCCUUCAGAUAAGGGAGUGGGGGCGGUCAUCCAGACCCUGAGAUAAGCGGGUGGGGGGGCGUUCUCAAAAAAAAAUUUUUCAGCCCUUCGGGCCUCAGUUUGGUCUAAAAAUAAGUGGGCCCGGGGGGGGGGGGGGGGGCCGGCCCCCCCCCCGGGUCCCCCCCCGGGAAGGGGGGAUCUUUUUUUUAAAAGGUAGCAAAAACCCCCGUUUUUUUCAGUAGUUUAUUUUUAAUUUUUGCCGGGAAAAACCUGCUUAAUUUUUUGUGUAUUUAAAAAAAGGUUUUCACAGUAAAAAUAGGGGAUGCAAAUCGCAGCGAGACGGGGGGGGGGUGUGGUUAACGGUGAGGGAAGGGGGGGGGGGGGGGGAGCAGGACGGCGGGGGGAGGGGGGGGUGUGUGGGUUAAAAAAAAAAAUUUUUUGGCCGCGGGGGGUGUGUGUGUGGGGAAAAAAAAGGGGGGGGGGGGGGGGGGGGGGGGGCCCGGGCCCCUCCCCUGGAUCCGCCACUGAGAAGAGUGAUCAUUUUUUUAAAAGGUAGCAACAACUCUCGUUUUUUUCAGUAGAUUAAUUUUAAUCUCUGCCGGGAUAACGCUGCUUAAUUGCUUGUGUAUGUAAUACAAGGAUUUCACAGUGAAAGAUAGGGAUGUCAAUCGCCAUACAUGUUUUGUCUUACAAUUUUUUUUUACACUGUCAACCUAGAUUUGGUGCCGCUCUCACUCGUUAGUAUAUUUCACGAGUGUCUCAAAGCCGGUAUUCGAACACAAAUUUUUUUUGCACUUUAUUUGAGUGUCAAUGUAUUUAGCACGAAAGUACUAAUUGGGGACAAUUUGUGCAGUUUGGUGUGUUGAGAACUGAACAUGCAGUUUUUUUUGUUAAUUUACAGAAAGAGUGUGCGUUUUUCGGAGGCUAUGAAGAGACUACAAAGCAGAAGGGAAGUACAGGGUUUGACACUGCAGUCAUUUCUCGUUCUUCCAAUGCAGAGAAUAACGAGGCUUCCUUUGCUUGUGAAUGUAAGUAUUUUGAAUAUCGAAUUCCAAAUUUCAUCAUCUCUACCAGGCGUUCGUCACUGUAGAAAUGAGGAGUCUGAGCCGGUUUAAAUUUCGUAAAGACUUCUAGGACUGUUUUUAGCGAAGGAAAAUAAUGGGCCAAUAGCUCACCGGCGCGUUCCUCACCAGUUCUAGAAGGCUUUGCGAAAUUUAACCCCGUCCAGCUUUCUUCUCGUUUCCUACAGUGGCAAAAUGGUCAUUUGCAAGUUGCGCGGAAAGACUUGACUGGUAUCGCUAUGUCGAAAUGCACUACGGGAUUGUUGGAACGCAAGGUCAUCUUUGGUUGGCUGUCACAUUUUGCACGGAAAACUGGAUCAAAAUUCGUCCACUAGAACAGUUCCACGGUGCAGUUCGAAGCGCCACCGACUUUGUCUUCUGCGCGACCUCCAAAUGGCGGAUACCCUGGGUACUCCAAGGUCAAGUCAAAGUCUUUAACCCAGCAAAACUUUUCUUUCUUUGGGCGUAGAAGAUAGUUAAAUGAUGGAACUAAGCUGCGUUCAAGGGGUUAGGAAUUCGACUCGACAAGUUUUGGGAAAAGGUGUCUGACUUAGCGUGUCUAUUAUUUGUGCCAAUCCUGAGAUGAGAGUGUGGAAAUAACUGUAUAUUUGACCAAACCCACACGCUAAAGACGUUUCUGGCUCUCCUGGUGUUACGUUCCUUUGAGUUACUAUUAACAAAUAUUUUGUUGAUAUUUUUGUCAUUAUUUUGUACCUCUCUUCUUAGGCCAUCUGUCAACACUGUGAAGCUGGAAGUGAGGAGUUUAACAGAUCAAACCGGGCGUUAGCUGCUAUCAACAAGGUGAAUAACACUGAACAAAAACUUCAUCUAAUUUUGGUUUUCGUUGCCACUUUUACCCCGUGGAUAUCGCGGAGAUGCCGCACCUUCUUUCGCACUUCCCUCGUUUCGUUCAACAUGAUUAAAAAAAACUCUUUUCUUUGACACCUUGGUGAUGAGUAAGGACAUGUUAUCCCACUUCCUCGUCCCCUGUCCUAAAAAAAAUAUAUUAUUUCCUUCUCAAACUCUGAACUUAAACUGCUCUCUGAGUUUGGGAUAUCUUCAGGACUCAAUGUAAUUGGAGGCUUACGAUGUGUAUUUUGUAGAUUGUAAAUGAUUGCAAUGAAGGGGCAAGAAAAAUGGAACGAAUGGAGGAAAUCUGUGUUUUGCAAACACAAAUAGAAUUCAAAACAAAGGUUAGAAAACAGCUUGAUUGCUUAUUACUUAGGAUAGGAACCGAGCACAUUAAAAAGGUUUUUGUAUGUAUAUUUUUGUGGUAUUUUCUGUUGUUAUGUUACACUCUUUGAUGUGAGUGGUUUUCAAGUAAUAAGACAGUCUAGUAAAAAGCGUUGUUUUUCGUUCAUUUCCGCCCUUUUUCUUAAAUAUCUAGCCAAGAUCUCAUUCAAUCAAAAAAUGACUCAAUUAGAUUGGAGUCCUUGGUUCAGUAAUUUUUUGAAAUUUUUCGAUGAUUUUUUGAAUGUUUUUAAUGUAUAGAGUGAUUUUACUUUACCAGUGAAACUGAGAAUAACAACUACUACAACAUAGCUGCAAGUAAACAAAAGAAGACAAGGGAAUAGACCUUUUUACCGAUACGGCGGCCAUAUUGAAUUAAUUUUAAGGAGUAUUAUAGGAUGUCCAGGGGGCAUGAGCACAUCUCGUUUGUAUUUUCGAGCGCUUUUCGGGGCAUUUUUUCUUAAAGUUUUCUAAGCAUAAGGUUGUAAUGGGAAAAAAGAUCCUUGUGCCGUGUUUGGAUGUAAUAAUGAUCGCAUUUUUCUAGUUUAGUAUCAGAAAUAUAGUCUUUCACUGUAAAUUUCUCGGGAAAAAGGCGAUCAUUAUUACAUCCAAACACGGCACAAGGAUCUUUUUUGCCAUUAGAAUCUUAUUCUAAGAAAACUGUCCCGAAAAGCGCUCGAAAAUAAAAACGAAAUGUGCUCAUGCCCCCUGGGCAUCGUAUAAUACGCCUUAAAUCGAAUUAAUUCAAUAUGGCUGCCGUAUCGGUUAAAAGGUCUAUUAGAACAUAAUGGGCCUAAUUCACACGGUGACAAUAUUGUCCCGAGAGACUGAAAAAAUCUUUGUUUUACCAUCCUCGACCUCGCAGUGAAAAACUUGGGAGCGAGGCUAGACAGGUAAAACAACGAUACUAUAGUCUCUCGGGACAAAAUGGCCGCCGUCUGACAAGGGCCCGUAGCGCGUAGUAUUCUACUACCUUUUUCACGGGUUAAGUAAAAUCCCUCUAAAAAUUGGGGGGAGGGGAUUUUAAAUAUUUUUGAAAAUUGAAAAAUAUUGGAUUAUGGGGCUGUUAAAAAAUUAAAUUUUCCCCCCCAAAAAACCACAACCAGCAGACUGCCCCCUUGAUUCUGAUCGAUGUCUAAUAAGGACCAAGGUAUAAUUUUUCAAAUAUCAGAAUAGCGAGAUGAACAUAACAGGAUAUAUAUACUUUGCAUAGUUGUAGUGAUGAAGUAUUCAAUAAUACUCACAAGUUGAUAACUCGUAUAUUUUUGCAGCCUCUCGCUUUAGCAACACCGUCUCGAUAUCUGCUCAGACGAGGUGAUCUUAUGCAAGUUGUGGAGGACUCCAAGAGUCCACUAAAGAGACUAAAACCCAAAUUGAAAUCUAUUUACAUGUUUCUUUUCAACGAUUUGUUACUCUUGGCUAAAAAGAAAAGGUAUGAAAGUUAAUUGAUUGUUGCGAAUGCUUUAAGCUUGUUAUAAUUGUCUACGCAGGCUGUUGCAAGGGUCCUUCGUUCAAUUUUUUUGUCUUUGUCUUAGCGAAGUUAAUAAAAUCAAAGUCACUAGUUAGCUGAUAUUUACCGAGAUAUUUGCUUAGACUAAUAUUAUUUAGUUAUCGUUAAAGUUUCAUCUUUUGUUUUCCCUAUCAAGCUAAUCUACUAAUUUCUUAUCAGUGAGAAUCGGUUUCAAGUUCUGGAUUACGCCACACGUAACAUGACCCAAGUGGAAGAACCUCAGGAAUUGGAUAUGAGUUUAGACCACGUGUUCUCGUUGGUAUUGUUAGAGAAUUCUGACAGUAAAACCAAGGAGUUCUUGAUAGCUGCCAACAGCGAGUAAGUAGUUCUAAUAUUAUGUGUCACCUGAUGUUCACUUUUUAAUUUUUGUUAUACACAGUUGUCUAAUUUGUUCUUAAAGGAAUUGUGUCACAAAAUUUAUCAAGAUUCAAACAGUAGAAACGCCACCAAACUGAGUGAAACAUACAAAUAACCUCUUAAAAGAUGACACAAAGGGAUAAAUAACACAGAAAGUACAAAAGGAGGCGCGGAUGGGCAAACUUGAAGAAGGCUGAAACGGAUAAUUGGAUAUAAUGCAGUGCCGGAUCCAGACCUUGAGAAAAAGUGGGGGCGGCGGGGGGGGGGGGGGGGGGCGGUCUCCAAAAAACCUUUUUUGGGCCCUUCGGGCCUCAGUUUGGUCUAAAAAUAAGGGGGGAGCCUCCCCUGUAUCCGCCACUGUAAUUCGUAGGAGACAUGUUUGCUUAACGAGGAGCUGGGAUCUGUCAUUCGCAUAUAAUUUCUCAAGUUCAAUUGCGAGUGAAGACGCAUAAUUUGGCAUUGUUAACAGAAUGAUCUCAGACAAUCGUGAUGAGCCCCUUUGAGCUCAAUUUCCUCCGUCCUUUUUGGGUGCCAAUAAUUUUUUUCUUCGGCCUUUCAGAACGGACAAAACGCGUUGGAUGGAAGCGUUCAAACCGCCAGCCGCCGAGCAAGAGGGCGAAACCGUGUACGCGUCUUGGGGUAAGGACAGUGUUAUGAACUGAAUCCUAAAAAUCCUAUAAGAAGAAUACACGUGCAAUAUAGCCUGCAUAACAGGCGCUUCAUGAGCUAAGCAAGGCGAAUGGGCCCUUCGCGUGCAGCGCAACACAGGCGGAAAAAAAAAACGAACAAAAGAUGCAAGGCUGAUUUUACAGUCGGGAAUAUAUUUUUUUUGUUACCAAAAUUUCGGAAGCCUGGCACGGCCGUCCUUCUUCAAGGUCCCACAUGAUUGUAUGUAAGACCCUGAAGAAGGAAAGCCGUGCGUUCCGAAAUAUUGGUAACAAAGAAAUAUAUACUCCCGACUGUAACAUCAGCAUUGCUUCUUUUGUUCUGUAUUUUAAUUUUUAGCUGAUAAGAUCCUUUAUUAGGAUCCGGUCCUUUUAUUUUAGCUGUUACCUUGGUCCUUGCUUCCAAAAUUGAAAAAAAAAUGGUGGUUUUCUCUUUUCCUUUCUCUCUGAUGUCUCGCGCUUCGUACUCUCGUUGUUAAACUGAGGGCCUGAUCGCCCUCAGUAACGAUUGCAAGAGAGCGAUUGUCAGUUAGUUAUGUAUUGAUUGGCCAAAACUAUCACGUUUUCUUCUCAACCAAUCAGAAAGGAAAGCUUUCGAGACGUGCGCCUCCUGUUUUCCCGCGCUUCCAUGCAGUUAGUUUUAUGAUUUCUUUUUCAGUCACAAUUCGACUCUUAUUGGAACUUUUUUGUAAAUACCGGUUCUGUUGGUUCUGCCUUUCAGUGUGGUUCGAAGAGAAAAUGAACUUUCCUGGCUUAGUUUUUUGCAAAUCAGAGAUCACUGUAAACGCAUUAGUGGAAAACGAGGAUGAUUAAUUUUCAUGCAACAUUUGUGUCAUAGAUUGCCCUCAAGUAAACGCGCUUCAUAACUACACGGCCCAACAGCCAGAUGAACUAUCACUUUACGAGGGUGACGUCAUUAAUGUGCUGAAAAAACUCCCGGAUGGUAAGUAAACGUAUACACAGCCUUUCACACAUACACAAUUCAAAUUAGCCUGCGAGAAGGCUCUCUUCCCCCCCACCAGAUAGGUUUCUAUCAACAGGAAGUAUCCGCCAGCCUCGCUUCUACUUUCAGGCUAGUUUGUUUUGCAUACAACUGUAACUUGGCCUAUUGCAAGUUUAUCCCAUUUUGCGAACCUUCUGGGGAAGCGAAAUGGGUUCGAAUCAUUGAAAAGGUCGAAACAUAGUGGGUCCUCAAUCUAAUCUAUUUUCCAUUAUUCCAACCAACUUACUUUGUCAAAUGUAGGUGACCCCCCUGAAGUUGAAUUCCAAGAGACCAUAUCCAAGUCCAGAAAGGGAAAUAAAAUUUCGUCGUUGCUAGUUUACGUUCUCUAUAAAACGCGAAAUAAGGCACUCGUGCAAAAAAGGAUUUUUUUUUUCUACUUUCUCGAUGCGGUCACGUCGUUGGAUAUUAAAGUCCAUAUUGGCUAAUUUUUUACUCUGUCUCCUGUUACAAUCCCAAAAGUCUUUGCGAAAGUUAACACGGCCCAGUCUCUCUCUCGUUUCUUUAGUGGCGACUUGUUACAAAAGCUCAAAGUUUAUUUAUUUAAUAUUCUAUUUCUUUUCAGGUUGGUAUCAUGGUGAGAGGUUAUGCGAUGGAACACAAGGCUGGUUUCCCGCCAAUCACACUGAGGAAAUUCUUAACGAGCACGUACGUGCCCGCAAUCUACGCCAGCGGUAUAGAUUGUUAGCAGCUUCAAAGCAUUUGAUUGGUGGAACACUGAGAUUAUGA